AUGUGGGGUCGCUAUCUCGAGAGCGGAGAGUACUCCGACUUUCUGGUGAUUUGCGCCAACCGCGAAUUCCACGUCCACCGUCUGGUGAUUUGUCCUCGCUCGAGCUAUUUCAGGUUGAUGUGCAAGGACAAUUUCAAGGAGGGCAUUACGCAGAAGCUAGAGCUCGUCGACGAAGAUCCGGAUGUGUUUCAGUCCGUCUUGACGUUUUUGUAUACGGGCAUUUAUGAGACGUGCAAGAUUACGGGGAGUGAGGAGAUUGAAAGCGCACCCUCGACAGACCAAACCUGCAACUCGUCCGAAGAUUCCGAGAAUGACGACGAAAACCAACACAAAGCCGGCGGCCGCCCCGCAACAACAGAGGACAUCCUCGCGCACGUCCAACUGUACGCGAGCGGUGACAAAUUCGAUAUUAGGGACCUGAAAGAGGUAUCUUCCAAAAUGUUUCGCAACCAACUCCAUCGCACAUCAGUCGAGAAGCUCGACGUUCCCGACAUCAUUCGUGCUGUGUAUACAUCUACCCCGCACAACGACGCGGCCUUGCGCCCAGUAUUGAUAGACUACUGCGUUCAAAAUCUGAACGCACUCCUCGUUCAACCCGGUAUGGCCGAGGUGCUCUCCGACUUUGGCGAAUGCGCAUUUGAGAUCUUACGCUCGUACAAAGACGAAGCGGACCUGCGCUCGCGCAAAGCAGUCGAAGACCAGCGCACAGCGGUCCUUGAGAUUAAAAAGGCCGAAUCGCAACAAUUGCGCGAGUCGCUCGCAAAGCUGCAAAAGAGGGAUACGCAUCUCAUGGAGAUGUUGGCGUCGCAUCACAAUUGUCGGAAUUGUGGAAAGGUGUUUGGUGCUGGGCCGCAGGUUUAUGGGCCUAUGAGUGAUAGGGUUAUGUUGAGGUGUAAGGGAUGUUACACGAAGCACUCAUAA